CGCUUCACGAAGAUUGCAUCAGUUCUCUCCUAAUAGUCGAAGUGUCCUGAACAGUGUUGAGCACAAUGAACAAGUUUGGAGCUUUCUUCAUCCUGAUGGCCGUCCUCGUCUGUGGACAGGCCCGCGUCGCUAGGGAAGUACCCGCCAAUCAGCCUGUUCAACUAUCUGAUCUGAUCGCUCAGGCUCAAUCAAAUAUCAACAACCUCGGGACCCAGAUCCAGCAGCAGCUGCAACUGAUCGAUCAGGAGACAAUUGUCAACACUAUUAAGAAUCAGAGUAGCACUUUAGCCUCCAACGUGCAGUCAUACGUCAACCAAGUUUCCGAGGAUGUUAAAUCCAAGAGCCCUGAAAUUGAAAAACUGUGGGCUGACAUUAAGGGCAAGUUGUCCAAGGCUGUAAAUGACAUCAAUGCCCAGUUGCCUGAUGGCCAACAACAAGCUGCUGAACUUCAGGCUAAAUUUAAUGCCGGUAUUCAGACCAUUGUUCAGGAAUCUGACAAGGUUGCCAAAUCUAUCAGUCAGAACUCCAGCAAGGUUCGGGAGGAGGUUGCAAACUUCACCAAGCAAGCUGUUGACAUUGCUGUACAGGCAACGCAAAACCUGAAUAAUCAGCUGCAGCAGGCGGCUAAAUCCAGUUAAUGAUUUUCAUCGUAUUCCUGAAACUCAAUGCUCUGAAUUUUUACGUGACAGUUAUUUUCUAUGGAAAUAAAAAGUAUUCUUAUUAUUUUACGCUGUA